AUGAUGAGACUAUCGAAGGUGUCGCCUAAGAAAUGUUUUUUUCUUGUUUUAUGUUUCGCCGUACUGAUAUUAUUAGUGUUCAACUUAAGGGAUAAAGAUUGGAGUACCAAAUCGCCACAUGUGCUAUAUGCGAGAGAUGAAUACCAGCUGGAGGAAGCUAAUCUGCGGCACGAGCCAUCCGUCACGACCCUAGAAGCGGUGGAUACUGUUGCCGAUCAUGGCGAGAAGGAGAACGACAUCGUCGACUAUGGAAAGGCCCGAUCGGACGAGCGGCCUAAAGAAACGCUAACCGCAAGCGAUCUACCGUGGUACUUCUCACAGGGUAUGCGGUAUCCUAAGCCGGCCCGACGCAAUCGCAAGACCAACAAGCGGGUGGCGCGCCUGCUGCCCAGUGAAACGUCGCGCGGUGAUCGCAUCAGCAACCAGCUUAUGUUCGUGCCGCCAAAUUAUGAGACAAUCAAACGCAAGGGCAAGUUGAAAACGAUCCUGCUGUACAAUGGGCUCAGUCCGUGGAAUGUGAAGGCAGGCCGGGAUGUGUUUCUUAGCUCAAAGUGCCCCGUUUCCACCUGCGCUAUAACGGCGCAGCGGGAAAAGGCCUCCACAGCCGAUCUGGUGCUGUACAAGGAUCACUACAUUCCGCCCUCGGUUCCACGGUCGUCCUACCAAAUCUACAUGAUGUACUUCCUGGAAUGUCCCUACCACACGCAGCACGUCAAAUAUCCGGACGUCUUCAACUGGACGGCUACGUACAGGAAGGACAGCGAUAUUGUUGCACCGUACGAAAAGUGGGAAUAUUUCGAUCCACGAAUCAGACAGGUUGAGCAGGAUCGUAACUACGCACUCAACAAGACGCGUAAAGUUGCAUGGUUUGUUUCAAACUGUGGGGCGCGUAACGGACGCCUUCAGUAUGCACACGAGCUACAGAAAUAUAUCCAGGUCGAUAUUUAUGGUGCCUGUGGCACGUUCAAGUGCUCCCGCAGCACAGCAGAGCGUUGCUUCGAGAUCCUUGACCGUGACUACAAGUUCUAUCUUGCCUUCGAAAAUUCCAACUGCAAGGACUACAUCACGGAGAAGUUCUUCGUCAAUGCCUUAACGCGCAACGUGCUGCCCAUCGUGAUGGGUGCCCGGCCGGAAGACUAUGAGGCUAGUUCGCCCCAAAAGUCCUACAUCCAUGUGGAUGAGUUUGGCUCCCCGAAGGAGCUGGCCGAAUAUCUGCAUCUGCUCGACCGUAACGACGAGCUGUACAAUUCCUACUUCAAGUGGAAGGGUACCGGCGAGUUUAUCAACACGUACUACUGGUGUCGGGUCUGUGCUAUGCUCCACGAUGAAGCUUCCUUCCGGCGGCCCAAAUCCUACGACGACAUUAACGAAUGGUGGCGUGGACCGGGCGUCUGUACGAACGGUUCGUGGCGUAACUAUCGGGCACGCAACCCCGAAAAACCGGUCGCCGAUAGUCGAUGA